AUGCCGGAGUUGCCGGAGGUGGAAAGGGCGAGAAGAGUACUCGAGCGCUUCUGCGUUGGGUUUGUCGUCAAGUGUUGCCAAGUCGUUCAAGACAACAAAGUCUUCGAAGGAGUUGCCCCCGACACUUUCAAAGAAAGAAUGACUGGUGAUCAGUUGGCGCCUUGCGUGCUGCUCCUGCACCUGCUGUCGCGCAUGUUGCUGCUGUUUGCUCAUGAUCAUCGCGAUUGUUCAAGAUGUGAUGUGAAGAUUCCAGAAAACGUGUGGCAGGAGCUGUGCUCAUGCUACAUACCAGGGGCCACCAUCCUAGCGGCAAGGAGGAAAGGAAAACAUCUAUGGCUAGAGCUCAAGGAACGUCCUUGGCCACUGAUACACCUCGGCAUGACUGGGAGUUUUGCUGCGGUUUCCCCUGAUGGCACAAAGGAGGUUGCCGAAUAUGUCAACUCUCGGGUGGAUGCGGAAAGUUGGCCGCCGAAGUUUUGGAAGUUUCGACUCGUCAUGGAGAACGGCAACGAUGUCGCUUUCAUAGCCAUCCGGCGCUUUGAGCGCGUGAGGAUGCAGCAAGAUCCUAGAAGAGAGUCUCCUGUCAAAGACCUCGGGUUCGAUCCUCUCACUGACAUGCUUCCCCUUGCCGACUUCAAGGACGAACUGCUAUCACGCUCAGGCCCAGUCAAAGGAGCUCUUCUCGAUCAAUCCUUCUGUGCGGGUGUUGGAAAUUGGAUUGCAGAUGAAGUUCUAUACCAGGCGCGCCUCCAUCCUCAAACCCCCUCCUCCUCGCUCUCGUUGGAGCAGGUGAAGGUGGAGGUGGAGGCUGUGUGGCAAAGUCUGCAGAUGGUGAUCGGGAAGGCGUGCGAGGAGGAGGCGGACAGCAGCAAGUUUCCUAAGGACUGGCUGUUUCAUUACCGGUGGAACAAGAAACAAGCGUCCAAGUGGUCGAACGACCGCAUGGGUUCCAGCGCUGCAGAAGAAAACGACUACUGGUGCACCGCAUGCUGA